GUCUAAUGUAUGCCGCGCAAAUCAACAACAUCACCCUUAGAUAGUUGGCAACGCCCGUAAACCCACCAUCUUGCCAAUAUCUAAGGUCUCACAUGCUUGCACUGAUGGUGCCAUUGGCUGCCAAAGCCCCCCCAGAGCACGAUAAGAUUAGACAUACCGCUUAAGAGAAACGAAGAGACAGCAAACCAUGGCUGAUAAGCUGAGGGGACAGCGCCUUGUCUGGGCCCGGGAUCUCCCUUUGUUCUAAUCUUACGAUUCCGGACACUCUUAUCCAUUAUUAGAUCUCCCUAACGUACGGCUCUCAUGCUGUGGGGUGAAGCUGUCCUUCACCUCACGCUUAGUCACUAGAUGCGUCUGCGACAUCAUGGACGACGGGUUGUUCAGGUACUCAAAAGAUGCGCCCUUGUCACCUUGGGCAGAGCGAUUUCCCAAUGCAGAUAUCUCGUAUGUAUCAGGACACAUAAACCAUUCGAUACUUGCGCCCAAGUAUCCACGGGUAAACGAUCCUAAGUACUACGAUCCCGACGCGCUGCCCGCCGACAACCAGGUACCAAAAAGCUAUAAGGAGAUCGAUAAUUGUCUAGCUUGCGAGCAAGUACAACAAGGUCGGCUUUACAAUCUUCAGACAUGGCAAGCUGCAGUGCUGCGCCGAUAUCUUCGAUUCUCCCCGGAGGUUGGUUUCAUAUCUGGGGGCCACAGGCCUGGAGAUGCGUCUACGACUGGACAGCAUUUUCCAACUCUAAUACCACCAUCUCCUGGUCCGACUGCAUUAAGCUCAAACUUUCCACAGAACCAGGUGCGAAAUGAACAGAAAGCUUUUCAGAUAUAUGAGCGCGACAGGAUCAAGGUCGAUGAGGCGAAAUGGUUCUCUUUUUUUCGUAAAGAGAGAUGGUUCGACUGGCUUCACAUCGAUCCCGACUUUGAAGAAUUGCCGGGAAGAAACUGGACUGUAGACGACCCAGAUAUAUGGAAGCACUUGAGCCUCAGUAUCGAGUUGGCAGAUCGAAUGCUUAAAGCACUUAUUCAAGACAAACACGAUGGUCUUCAAACGAUGCUUUAUGGGCGAAUAGACUAUUGGGACCAACACGUCGACUGCUUCGGCCCUCCGCCUUUACCAGACGGUAUGGUUCUCCUCAGCCAUGCACAGGAAGUGUUGUUGUCUCAAACUCGAGGAGAGCCGUCUUGCCAAUGGGAUCACAUCGCGACACAUAGUAGCCAAGAUUGGGCGGACAGACUCGAAAAGCUUUUCAACACGAUAAUCUGGGGCUUCGGACAUUUAGACAAAGGGGUUGAUGGACAAACAAAUUAUGCUAAUAUAGACGACAAGCAUUUUCCAUACAGCUCAAUACUUGUUGUCCAUAUCGGAUGGUUUGUAACUAUGCUCGAAUCAGACUUGGCUUUGGAAGAGCUGUGCACGCUGCAGGUCAAUUUGGCGAUAACAAUCAUCCAUGAACUCAUGCACGCAAUAUACCGUACGCGCCACAAUAAUGACAACUAUGUCGGGACUUUAACAGAUAAAAAGCGAAACGGUGGCCGGUUUGGUAUCCCAGCGGAGCCCUUCAUCAACGGCUAUGGGUUUAGGGAAACUGGGUUCUGCAUGGAACACAAAUUUUUCGGGGGUUGCCAAUUCCGAUAUCCUGAAACUACUGGGAACGAUAAGUACUCUAUACCCUUGGCGGUAGUCGCGAACGAAUGGCCGUGGUAUUGGAGCAGCGAUGUUAAUUCCCCAGGCGCUAAUUACGCCCAAGAAGGCUAUGUUGGCAGGAUGGAACAUAUACCUUCAGUCUGGAUGUCUAAGUUACUGAGCAAGUAUUUUUGGCGAGAUCCAGCAUUUCCCUCAAAAAGCGAAAAUUUCUUCCACAGAAAUCAAAUCAUCCAAGUACAAUACGAACUGAGACAGGGAAAUCCAUGCUGCAAAAAUGGACUCGUAGUCAAGGAUCCGAGGUCGUUAAAAUAUAAAUAUCCUGAAGAUGGACAUAUGCUACGGGAGCUUAAAGAAAAAACCUACCAGUGGAAGAAUUACCGGAAGUCGUGGUUUGAGAAAACUAUGGCCGAAUGGAACUUAACUCCAUGGCGUGACGUGACCGCAAGGAAAAUCAUCGGACAGUUUGUUGAAAGUUUCCGUAAGAAAGACUUCUUGAAGUGUCAGGGCUAUGCAAAAGACUUGCGAAAACGUGUUGACGACAGUUCACUCGGCAAUUUCCGACGUUAUAUGCCUAUAACUGACAAGAAGUCUGAUAGAUGGGUUUGGUAUUGUAUUGGACUCCUCAUGGAGGCUUCGAUACCGAUUUCGCUCCGUAGCCCCAUGCGAACAAAGGAGAACGCAGGGUGGGUUCACGAACUCGUUCCCAGCAAAGAAGCUGCUGCAGUGGGAAAUUCAGAGAUGGUGUUUAUCAUUGCCAACGAAAUUAAGAGGAAGAAUGAGGUUGGCGGGUUUCGAAACUUCCUCCUCAACCACAUCCAGGGCACCCGAAUAACAAAAUUCACACAACUCGACAUUGUGAGAUUGAUUCGUGAUGUUUUGGGCCUCGUCACUUUUAACAGCGCGGUCGUGUCUUUGGGUUUCCUCAGAGCCAUCAUGGCCGCUACAAACGCGCUUGAAAAAGAUCGGCAGGAUAUCCAAUCGAACUAUGGGAAUGCACAGCGUACUAGAUGGGCCUCCGACUGGUUCUUCCAGUUUCCGGAGUACGAUCCGGCUCUAUUUAAAUAUGAGAAUAAGAAAUGGGUAAAACAAUGAAUAUGUCAAUUAUUUGCUGGGUUUCCCAACGCCGACUAGCUUCCAUCUUGUUAUAUAGGUAAUGACAGAAC